UCUUCGCGGCCUGUGGCUUUUUAUCAACAAAAAUCUCGUCUCUUGUUUGAAGCCUUGAACAUCUUUGUCAAUCUUUGUCCCCAUCGUUGCGUGCAACUGUUUUCUUUUGUUUUCCUGUCUUACCUCAUCCCUGACGUCCUUGAAGCGCUGAGAAUAAAUUAGACGGAGGAGUUUGUUUUAGCCUAGUGAGGGAGAAAGAGAAGAUGCAGUACCAGUCGUGGGGGAGUCGAUCUUCGGAGGAGAUGGCGAUGCACGGCCAAUCCGGUGACACGAUGAUGUCGCCGCUGGAAAGGGUUGAGCGCUUGGCAGCGGAAAAUGCAGUGGUUGUCUUCAGCAUGAGCUCCUGCUGUAUGUGCCAUGUCAUAAAACGGCUGUUCUGCAGCCUGGGAGUCAAUCCGACGGUGUAUGAGCUCGACGAGGAGAGCCAUGGCAAAGACAUGGAGAAGGCGCUGGUGAGACUUAUAGGCGGCGGCGGGCAGGCUGUGCCGGCUGUCUUCGUCGGCGGAAAGCUUGUGGGAGGGAUGGACCGCGUGAUGGCUUGUCAUAUCAACGGCACGCUUGUGCCUCUGCUCAAAGAAGCUGGGGCUCUGUGGCUCUAAUCAUAAACAAAUAAUUCUGCCAAUCUGACCUUCCUGUGUCUCGAAACCACGACCGCUACUUCUUUCACUUCCCUUUUUGGAAUGUCUCCAUUUUGCAUUUUCUCAGGAGUUACAUUCUCUAAGUAGAUAUUUUCUCCAUCUGGUUCGAAGCUUGUGGCUUUCUUUCUUCUUCUCUCGAAAUGUGCAUAAAUCAAGGUUUGUUUUUAUGUAUGCUGUAAACUCACGUGGCUGCAUCUCCACCGUCUCUUUAAUUUUCUGAGUGGAAUGUUUGCUCUCUUGUGAGAGAGUAUAAAUGCUUAAGCUAUUUGAUUCUUUGGCUGUUCCUGAACUCUUUUCUACAAUAUAUAUAUAAUAUAUAACUUUCUUUC